GCGCGGGCCUACACCCUCUUCGCCGAGUCCAUGGGCCGCACCGCCUAUGCCCGCGGCACUCUGGCGCCGCGCCGUGGCAUGACGGCCGAGGUGCCCGACCUGCGCCCGGCGCCGCUGCUGACGAUGGCUGACAUGGGGCCGGACAUGGGCGGCGACAUGCAGAUGGACCAUGCCGGGAUGGACGCGGCGCCGCCGAGUGGCGGCGGCAUGGAUCAGGCGGGUACGGACCAUGGCGGCAUGGAUCAUGGCGACAUGACCGGGAUGUCCGGGGUGUCCGGGGCGAUGUCGGACGCGAUGCCCGGCCAGGGCCAGAUCGAGAUCCGGCUGACCGGCAACAUGGAGCGCUACAUCUGGUCGAUCGACGGCGUGAAGUACAGCGACGCCGAGCCGAUCCGGCUGACCUACGGCGAGCGGGUGCGCUUCAAGUUCGUCAACGAGACCAUGAUGACGCACCCGAUGCACCUGCACGGCAUGUGGUCGAUCCUCGACACCGGCCAGGGCCAGUGGGACCCGAUCAAGCACGUGGUCAGCGUCGCCCCGGGCACCACCGUCUACAUGGAGACCGAGGUCGACGCGCCGGGCCAGUGGGCCUUCCACUGCCAUCUGGCCUACCACGCGGAGUCCGGCAUGUUCCGCAAGGUCGUCGUCGAGGGCGGGCCCCAGGCCGCGCUGCCCGGCGAGAGCCUGCCGGGCCGG